AGUUGUCUUGAUUAUCAAGCUGAGAAAAAACAAGGCAGAAAAGUAUCUAGGAAAAAUAGCAGUACUUUUUCCAAAAAAGAAAGUUGUUAUUCUUCUUCUUCUUCACUUCUCCUACGGUCCUACCUUAUUUUCAGAAAAAGACAACCUACAUACAUUUGCAUUUUUCUGAGGAAUUCUCAAAAAAGUUUUCAGAAAUUCCUUCCUUAUCCUUGGUUUUAAUUUAACUGAUUAGAGGGGCAGCUUUGCAUCAGUUGGUGAGCUGUUUUUUGGUGGCUUGGGUGAUGGGAAGGGUGGCGGUUGGGGCGGCGGUGGUUGCGGCGGCGGCGGUGUGCGCUGCUGCGGCGUUAGUGGUGCGCCAUAGGAUGAGGUGCUCUGGUAAGUGGGCGCGGGCCAUUGCAAUUCUCAAGGACUUUGAGGAGACGUGUGGGACCCCUAUCUCGAAGCUGAGACUGGUGGCGGAUGCCAUGACGGUCGAGAUGCACGCCGGUCUCGCGUCGGAAGGUGGGAGCAAGCUUAAGAUGAUCAUCAGCUAUAUCGAUAAUCUCCCUACUGGUGAUGAGAAGGGGCUAUUUUAUGCCUUGGACCUUGGUGGUACAAACUUCCGUGUUCUUCGUAUAGUGUUGGGUGGGAAAGAAAACCAUGUUAUUAAGCCAGAAUUUGAGGAAUUUUCAAUUCCUCCACAUUUGAUGACUGAGAGUUCAGAAGCAUUGUUUGAUUAUAUUGUACAAGCUCUUGCAAAAUUUGUUGCUACAGAAGGUGAAGGUUUACAUGUGUCACCUGGUAGACAAAGGGAGCUGGGAUUUACCUUCUCAUUCCCUGUCAGGCAAACAUCGAUAUCUUCAGGGACACUUAUAAAAUGGACAAAGGGCUUCUCUAUAGAAGAUACAGUUGGGCAAGAUGUUGUAGCAGAAUUGACCAAAGCCAUGGAAAGGGCUGGCCUUGAUAUGCGUGUUGCUGCCUUGGUCAAUGACACAAUUGGAACAUUAGCUGGUGGAAGAUACUAUGACCAAGAUACCAUUGCUGCUGUAAUCUUGGGCACGGGCACAAAUGCAGCUUAUGUAGAACGUGCUCAUGCAAUUCCUAAAUGGCAGGGGCUUCUACCUAAAUCAGGUGAAAUGGUUAUCAACAUGGAAUGGGGUAACUUCCGGUCAUCACACCUUCCAUUAACUGAAUAUGAUCACGCAUUGGACGUUGAGAGUCUAAACCCUGGGGAGCAGAUUUUUGAAAAGAUGAUUUCUGGGAUGUACUUGGGAGAGGUUGUGCGCAGAGUUCUGUGCAAGAUGGCUGAGGAAGCAGCCUUUUUUGGUGAUACUGUUCCACCAAAAUUGAAAAUUCCAUUCAUACUGAGGACUCCUGACAUGUCUGCAAUGCAUGAAGACACGACCCCAGACUUGAAAUUGGUUGGAAGCAAACUGAAGGACAUUUUAGAGAUAUCAAAUAGCUCCCUUAAAAUGAGAAAAGCUAUAGUUGCAAUUUGUGAAGCUGUUGCCAUUCGUGGUGCCAGGCUAUCUGCAGCUGGAAUUGUGGGCAUCCUCAAGAAAUUAGGAAGAGAUACAGUCAAAGAUGGUGAAAAGCAGAAGUCUGUGAUAGCUGUGGAUGGUGGGUUGUUUGAGCACUACACUAAAUUCAGAGAGUGCCUAAGGAGCACUUUGAAGGAGCUACUAGGAGAGGAAGUCUCAGAGAACAUUGUCAUCAAGCUCUCCAAUGAUGGCUCUGGCAUUGGGGCUGCCCUCCUUGCAGCUUCUCACUCCCAGUACCUUGAGGUUGAGGAAUCCUAAAAAUAGUUUGCGUGGCUAGACAAAAGAAGCAAGUCAUAUUUCAAUUUUUGUGUACUUUAGCUCUUCCAUUCUUCAUCUGGAUUAUUAGAUGAUCAUUCUGGACAACCCUUAGUUUAUGGUUAUCCAAAUUUUAUAAUCGAGCAACCUAUCACAAGUGCGUGUAGAGUGAACAAUAGUAGCCAAAAACUUCAUUCUUGGUUUAUACUGAUCUCCCCACAGCUAGAGAAUAAUAAAAUGGGGGAUGUACAUUCUUUUUUGAGUUGCUGCUUUUUGCAAAAAUGUUCUUUUGGAAAUGGACAUGGUAAUAAUAUAUGGCCUUGUAUGGUCUUGUUUCUCAGUGGCAGCAUAGUUACAUGUGCAGAUUUUCUGAUACAAAACUAACGCCCAGGCGGCUGGAGAUUCCAUUAUGCUACAAACUCGCUCCCAGACUUCUUGUCAAGAUAACUAGAAGGAUGGCCAAGACAGAGCAAGAUUUCCAGAACCUCUUCCAUGGAAGGUCUAGCUGAAGGCAAUAUACUCGUACAGAUGAUCCCAAGUCUGGACACAAUGCACAUUUCAUCCAGGUAACAAGUUCCUUUAUAUCCUCAUCCAACGCAUCAAGUACUGGUUUUUCUUCUUGAAGGUGCCGCCAUGCCCAUUAUGCCAACCAUGAGUGCUUAUCUCCAUAGUUUGCUUGUUUUCCUGUCGUUAGUUCCAGCAGGAUGACUCCAAAGCUGUAAACAUCGAUCUUCUCAUUUACCUUUGUUGUUUGAGCAUACUCUGUAAUAUCAGAACACCAUACAAAGUCAACUAAAGCUCUGGCUAGUGAAAUUUGAGGCAGCGAUGGUGUGUUCUGUAUAACUCACCUGGUGCUAUGUAGCCAAAAGAUCCAGCAACAGCCGACACCGUAGCGGGUUCUUUAUUAAAGUGGUUAGCCAGGG